AUGGUUCUAAAGGACCGUCUUAGUAAGUUAGGCGAUGACAUAAUCAUAACGUGCUUGGGCACUUUUGUGAAGUUGGAAAAGCUUGACCUAAAGCUCAACAAUCUCACUUCAGUUCAGCCUAAAUAUAUCUUGUAUUCUGCACAGAAGAAGCUGAGAGAGGUUGAAGAUGGAGGAGAUGAUUUUGAUUGGAAUACUGAUGAUGAGCUUGAAAUUGAGAACUAUAACUCUUCAUCUUCAUGUUUAACCCUUCCUAAUGGGGAUGCUGGAGAGGCAAGCUCGUCUGCAGUUUUGGCUAAUUCCAAGGUACUUGACCACUUCGUCAAUAUGGGAUUUUCUAGAGAAAUGGUUUCUAAAGUAAUUCAGGAAUAUGGUGAAGAAAAUGAAGAUAAACUACUUGAAGAACUUCUCUCAUACAAGGUGAGUUGA